AUGAAUUAAUAAUUUACAGAUAUUAUUAAUGAUUAACUCAACCCUAUUCUGGGUGAAUUUACUUCUCAAACACUAACAUCUUCAAGCAUUAUAAACUCUCCCCUUAAAAUCAUUAGGCAAUCUAAUGUAGUAGAGAUUUAAAACGUUCAUACAAAAUACAAAAGAGUAAUUAAAGAAACUAUAUAAUAAAUAAUUCUUGAAAUUGAGAAAUAUUAUCAAUAACUUAUAGAAAAAAAUUAAGCCAUUAUUUUUAAACUAUAUUAAAGAAUAGCUGAAUAAACUUCAGUUAUUUAACAAUUGUAGGACAUAGUAAAUUAACUGACUUAAGAAAAUAUAGAGUUUAGAACUAAAAAACCUGAAGAAGAAAUUACACAAGAAUUUUAUGACCCACAAUAAUACACGAUUAGACAAUAGAAAAAGGAAUUAUUGGAAUUAUAUGAAAUAAGUGAUCAAUUAUAAAAUAAAUUAAAAAGAUAAGAGAGUAUAAAUAAUUAAUUGCUCGAUACAAUUAAAAGAUAAAAUUCAUAAUUAAGUUCUUAAUAACAAAGUAUUACAGAAUAAUAAUAACUGAUAUAAAAGGAAAAGUCACGGAUAUUAGAACUUCAAAAAUACUAGGCUGAAUUAGAAUAGCAAAUAAUUGACAUUUAGAAAUAGUCCUAAAAAAUAAUAGAACGUGAAAAUGAUUAAUAAAGAAUUGAAAUACAUUCAAGCAAAGCCAAAUAUUUAACUUUGAACUAAAAUGACUCAAUUGAUAGUAAAUGCAAUAAACCAGAAAUUUAAAAUAUAAAUAAUAAAUAACUCAACCCAUUAAAAAAUUUACUAACAACAGAUUAAGAAACUGAAACUUAACCAUCUUAGAAAUGUCUAUUUUAAAAAAGAUAGAAACUUCUUUUGCAAUCUUUAGAAUAUCAAAAUUACAGUGACUUUGAAAUCAGCGUUAAAAAUAGAUACCAAUCCAAAAAUACAAAUAAAAAAACAGAAUUAUUUGAUAUCUCUGAGAUCAUUAAGCCAAAAUAUAAAAAAAAACCUUAAGAUUUGGAUGAAUUAUACUUAUACUCUCAUAGAUAUAGAAAUAGCAGUGUAGACCAUUAUUAUGAACCUCCUAAAUAAUACAGAUUUAAUAUUAAAAAGACAUUAAUUUCUCCUUUAAGUCAAAGAAACACUGAUUAAAAGAGAAUCGGUCUCUGUACAUUAGAAUGA